UGUUGUCUACUACCUUUGCCUCUCGCUGGCGUACCAAUCGUAUUCGCAUUUUACUAUACAUAGAAUACUUACGAGUAUAUCUCAUUUCUCGUUUCUUCAAUGGAACAGUAAUUUAUGGACUGACUCAAAAGGAACAAUUAACCUAAAACGACACGGAUCUACAUCAAAGCAUUCCCUCCCUUUGAAAGUAUAGUUUGCAUCUUACAAUUAGUUAAAAUUGACCAUCAGGAAAUCACCAAUAAUGCAUUGUGAAUCACGUUCACUCUGUCAUAUUGUUUAAGUGUAUCAUCACUCGACCCGCCAACUAACGGAAAAUACACGUAAGACUUUUCCAGGAAUAAUGUCUUCGGGGUUUCACUAAUUCAAUGAAACGUAGGUACGGGUAUAAAAAGUAAGUACCCAGUUAAUCAGUAGUCAGUAGUGUAAUGUGAACUCAUAAAGUUCAUUAAUUUUCCGUUCAGAUGUACAUGUAGUAGGUAUACGUGUUUUUGUCCGCUAUAAAAGUCGAUCACUUUGUGUAGAAGUGUAGAUAGAUCUGCAGUGUUUUGAAAAAAUGUCCAAUUCAACGUUUAAAUCAGUUUUACUUUUCUGUCUAGUUUAUUUUUUAAUCUCAGUGAAUGCAAGACCAAAAAAUCUGACCGACGAUGCUGAAAUUUUGUCAGAAAAGAAACGUUUGUUUCGUUCUGGUCACGAAAGUGAAAAUGACACACUGAAAAAUAAGAACUCCAACAAGACCGAAAUUCCAACCAAUUUCGACUGGAGAGACAAGAAAGCGGUGACUAGUGUAAAGAAUCAAGGUGAAUGCGACAAUUCAGAUUGGGCUUUUGCUGCUCUAGGAGCUUUGGAAACACAUUUAUUCUUGAAAAAUAAAACUCUCGUAGACCUCAGCCCACAAGAACUCAUAGAUUGUUCUAAUCAAAACGGAAAUUACGGUUGCGAAGGAGGAGAUCCUAGAAAGGCGUUCCAUUACAUCGAAGAUAACGGGAUUCAAACCGAAGAAUCAUAUCCAUUCCAAGGAAAAAACCUGAAAAGCUGUAGAAAGGAUCUAAAGGGUCAGAAAAUUGCAAAAAAUUCAACUAUAAUAUUAACAAAAAUUACUGAAAAGAAUGAAACAGAAAUGAAAAGAAUUCUUGUAAACGGUCCCAUAUUAGCAGUGAUAGAUGCUUAUGCAAAUUCAUUUAUAAAUUAUCAAGGAGGAAUUUAUUAUGGAAAGGAUUGCGAUAAAAUUGGAAAGCAUAAUGUUCUGAUAGUUGGUUAUGGCGUGACGAAUACGAGUAGAAAGGAAGAAUUUUGGAUAGUGAAAAAUUCGUGGGGCACGGAUUGGGGUGAAGAGGGUUACAUCAGAAUGGCACGUAAUAGAAAUACAUGUGGAAUUGCCUCCAAUGCAACUUACAUCGAAAUAGUUUAAUUUUUGUUUUUAUAGAAAUACCUGCAGUGAUUUUUUACAGUAUUGUUUUUUUGUCUACGUAGGUAUUCUUAUCUAGAAAUCUGAUAUUGGUAUCUUUUUGCGUUUACAUUUUGUUUACAGUAUUUUUUCGUCACAUGAAUUUGUUUAUAUACCUACUUAGAAACCUGAUAAUGGUAUUUUUUUUGUAUUUUUCUUAAACAUUUUUAUCGUUGUAUUUCAAAAAUACACUCUACUCGUACAUACAA